CCAUAAAAACCACCUUGCCCACCUCGGCUUCCAAAAGAGCCGGGCGCCGCAGGAAACGAGGACCGUGGGCUCGGACAAGAAAACCCAAGAGAGACUCUUUGAAUUUGGCCAGGACUCAGGAGCAAUGUCUCAGCAAUUCCUUUAUCGGGCACUGGUGUCGGCUAAGUGGCUCUCAGAAACCAUCAAGUCCCCUCAGGCUGAACAGGCCGUGAAGAUCCUGGAUGCAUCCUGGUAUCUUCCGAAGAUGAAGCGUGACCCCCGGCAUGAGUUUGAGGAGCGUCACAUCCCUGGUGCUGCUUUCUUUGACAUUGACCAAUGCAGUGACCGCACAUCACCAUAUGAUCAUAUGCUGCCUACUGCAGAUGAGUUUAUGGAGUAUGUGGGCAAAUUAGGUGUGGGGAAUGACUCCCACGUGGUGGUGUAUGACGCCAGUGAUCAGGGUCUCUUCUCUGCUCCCCGUGUCUGGUGGAUGUUCCGGGCCUUUGGGCACCAUGCCGUCUCCCUUCUAGAUGGUGGGCUGAAGAACUGGCAGCUGGAGGGGUAUCCGCUGAGCUCUGGCAAGAGUCGAGCCGUUCCUGUGGAGUUCCAUGCCUCUCUGGACACGUCACUGGUGAAGACCCAUGAGGACAUAAAUGAGAACAUAGAGUCACAUGCCUUCCAGCUGGUGGAUGCUCGCUCUGCAGGGCGGUUCAGAGGGACAGAAGCAGAACCCAGAGAAGGAAUUGAGCCUGGUCAUAUCCCUGGCUCCGUGAACAUCCCCUUCUUGGAUUUUCUCACAGAAGCUGGCUUUGAGAAGACUCCUCAGGCGAUCCGCAGCUUAUUCCAGGAGAAGAAAGUGGACCUUUCAAAGCCGGUCACUGCCUGCCACGUGGCCUUGGGAGCCUACCUUUGUGGCAAGCCAGAGGUGGCUAUCUAUGAUGGUGCCUGGGUGGAGUGGUACAUGCGUGCACGGCCUGGAGAAGUCAUCUCUGAGGGCAAAGGCAAGACCCUCUGAAGCACUGCUUCUGCCCCUUCAGUGCAGACAAAUUGCCUUGGAACAAGCUCUGGGAGAUGGUCUUAGCCUUUCCUGUUUUAAAAUCAUAGGGCCAGUGUAGACGUAGCCAUAGUGUGCUACUGAGUGAAGGUCUUGGGUGACAAAUCUAAACAUAAAUGGUUCUAACGCCUUACCCUUUUCCUCCCCCCACUAAUUUUUCUGGGCAUGGAAGAUGGCUUUUUAUACCAUCUUCGUGGAAGGGUGGGGUGGGGAAGCACUGAUCAUAGGAUGGUGGGAUAAUUAAUUGAGGCUGGAUUUCUCCAUGGGGAUGAUCUCUCCUGAUUAGACACUGUGUGAGGAAUAUGAGUAGAGGAGCUUUUUGAGUAUCUCCUCGCACUCGGACUCUUAUUGGAUUUGACCUCAGCCAGUAUUGCAUCCACCAUUGAAAUCCUGUUUCCUUUUUUAAGAAUAUAUUUCAAAGAUUAUGUAAUAAAAACACUUUUUAAUAUGU